AUGACGCAAGGUCUGGGGCUGAGACCGGCCCGCCAUUGGUCGAAAUGCGGUGAGUGGGCGGGCUCCAGGGGCGUCGAUGGGUCGAGCUGCCGGGCGCUUGUGCCAUCCGCACAAUUUCAUCAUUCCAACGGGCCAACAGCCGAGCCGACCUGCCGCUGUGGUCGUGACGCGAUGGUGACCAGACGAGCCGGGCUCGAGUCGCUCGCGAGUGGCUGUGCACCCCCUCCUCACCAGACACACUCACAACACUCCCCCGUGCCUCGACUGGCUCCAGCUCGUCGUCAAGGCGUUCAAUGCGGCAACAGCGAGGCGGGUUCACUUGCAGCUCCAUUUCGUGUAGUCUCGCGACUCUACUUAUAA